UCUGAACACGUGGUACAGCAGACACGCUUCCUCCAUUUACCUGAUCCAGAGACUGACUUUAUAAAACACCAGCUAACACAGAAAGUUACAGUCGUUCGUUUUCAGUUGAUCCCAGUCCGUCUAAACAUGUCUUUCUGUUCAUUCUCUGGAGGGGAGAUUUAUAAAGAUCAUUUUGAGAGCGGCAUGUAUGUGUGUGCUCAGUGUGGAUACGAGCUGUUCUCCAGCAGAUCCAAAUACGAGCACUCGUCCCCCUGGCCAGCUUUCACUGAAACCAUUCACGAAGACAGUGUGUCGAAGCAGGAGGAGAGAUGGGGCGCCUACAAGGUCAAAUGUGGAAAGUGUGGAAAUGGUCUUGGCCACGAGUUUGUGAAUGAUGGACCCAAACACGGCCUCUCACGAUUCUGAAUAUUCAGCAGCUCUCUGAAGUUCAUUCCUAAAGUGAAGAGUGAGCAUCAGUAGAGCUCGGUUGAUGUGAGAGAGGAUGGAGGAGCUCAAAUGUGUCUACCGUGUGGAUGGCGAAUGAAACGCACUGAAGAAAAGCCCAGCGAGGAACAUUCAGAGCGAGGAUGUGUAAAACAGCCUCAUGGGACACAUUAAGAUGCUCACUCACAAUUACUGCUACUGACAAUCAACACGCACAACCAUGCAUGAUCAAUUCUUUUAGAAAAUACACUACAGUCCAAAAAGGUUUGGGGUCAAAAGAUUUUUAUAAAUAAAAAAUAUUAAUAAAAUGUUAAGUGUUAGAAUGAACAUUAAACAUAUUUUAAAGUGUAAUUAAUUCUUGUGAUCAAAAUAUUUUAGAUAUUAUUACAAUUUUAACUAUAUUGUUUCUAUUUGAAUAUAUACAGUGGUGGAAAUAAGUAUUGAACACGUCACCAUUUUUCUCAGAAAACAUAUUUCUAAAGGUGCUGUUGACUUGAAAUUUUCACCAGUGUUGAUAACAACCACAGAAAUACAUAUAUGAAAUGAAACCAAAUCUAGUUAGUUUACAAAUGAAGUUGUGUGUAAUAAAAUGAAAUGACACAGGGAAAAAGUAUAGAACACAUGAAGAAAGGAAGGUGUAUUAAGGGCCCAGACAGCAGCUGAAAUCUCUCAGUAGUUUUUUAGCAUCCCUCUGCCCUUCCUCAUUAUUAUUAUUAUUAUUAGUAGUAGUAUUAGCUGCUUCAAACCAGCAUUUACAUUAGCAGGAUGAUGAAGUUGAAACCAUGGUGGGUAUUUCAGCAAGACAAUGAUCCAAUUUGUCUUCAGCAAGACAAAUUGAUCAUGCAUGGUCCAUGAAGACAUUUUGUAAAUAAGCGUCAGGAGAAACUACGCUGAUCAGGCAAUGAGCCACAGUCAAGCAAACUCAAAUGCCUUCAGAGAAAGAAAAUCAAGCUGUAGAAUGGCCCAGCCAAUUACCUGUCUUAAAUCCAAUAAAGAAUACAAAAUAAAGAUUAGAUUUGAAACCACAUUUGAAACCCAAAGUUCCAUCAAGACUUUUACACUCUGUUGAAGUCUGAAUGAAACGCGUCUUUAAGCUGCCAUCACCAAAAAAAGCUUUUUAUAUAAAGUAUUAAAAUACAUUUCAGUAGUUCAGUACUUUCUCCUUGUGUCAUUCCAUUGUUAUUACACAUAACUCAUUUGUUUAAUUUUUAUGUUUGUGUUGUUUGGGUUUUAACAAAAUCUGGUUCAAUUCCAUGUCAACAGCUCCUUUAGAAAUAUUAUUCCCAGAAAGCAACAUUCAAAACCUAUUUUCCCCACUGUAAUUUAAAAAGUUGUCAGUGUUAUAUGAUCCUUUAGAAAUCAUUCUGACGCCCAAGAAACAUUAAACAGUUUUUUUGUGGACAUGACUCCAAACUUUUGAACAAAAUUACACCUUUUAUCUUAGGUUUUAUAGAUUAACAGUUAUCCUUUAGAUGUUUUGGUUAACUUCGAAAUCUCAAAUGCUGACUUUAUCAUUUAUGCUGUUCUAAUUGGACAUGAGGAAAUAAUCUUUUGGAUUUAGUUUUGCACAUUUACCACUUUGACCUAAAUUCAUAAUUUAUUUUUAAGCCAUUUUGUUGUUUUCAAAAAUAAAAGCAAUUGUAUGUGAAAAAACAUGGGUGAAAUAAUGCUCAGUGUUACAUAUUUAUAAAAAAAAUUAAACAUGAUAAUUAUUAUAUAAUUCAUAUAUAAAAGUGAUCAUGCCAAAUUUGAUUAUAUUUUAAAUCAUCAAAUACUUCUUGAUUGACAAAAGAUGGUAUCUCAGAUUUAUAAUGUAAAUAAAUAAGUAAUGUUUUAAAUAAUCACUAUUUUGGUGCUACUUAAAUGUGACCCUAAAACACAAAAUCAGUUGCACGAGUCAAUUAUUAGCAAAAGAAAAAAAUAGAUUGUAUAGAGCAAAAUGAUAGAUUUUUCAUUUCUGCCAAAAAUCAUUCGAAUAUUAAGUAAAGAUCAUAGUCCAUGAAGACAUUUAGUAAAUUUCCUACUGUAAACAUAUUUAAACAUCAUUUUGAUCAGUAAUGUGCAUUGCUAAGCACUUCAUUUAGACAACCGAAAAGAUGAUUUUAUAAAUAUUUAUAUUUUCUGAACCCUCAGAUUCCAGAUAUUCCAGAUUCCAAAUAUUGUCUUAUCCUAACAAACCAUACAUCAAUUAAAGGCUUAUUUAAUAAAGCGUUUAGAUGAUUUAUCCAUCUCAAUUUCAAAAACAUUACAGUUAUAGCUGGUUUUGUGUUCCAGGGUCACAAAAACAGUCUUUUAAUACGUCAUUAGAUAAUUUUUGCUUUAAAAAAAAGAAACUAAUUUUGUGCUAUAUUAUAUAUUGUUACACUAAAUUACAUUGUCUUCUUUAAAUCAUGAUAAAAACGUCAUUAUUGUUUGCUCAGAUUUUUUAAAAUAUACAUCAGGCCACAUAAUAUUCAAAAUACAAAUUAAAGCUCUAUCACACAUGCAAAAUAAUCUAUUUUGGACACUAUUUCUGCAGUUUCCGGCUGUAUAUCAGUGUUUGUGUCAUUCAAUCACUAAACAUUGUUUGCACAUUAAACUGCUGGAUGUUUCUGUUGUUACACAUUGAUGGAGACCCAGAAGAUGCUCAAAGUCUAAAAUCUCUUUAAAUUAGAUCAGUAAAUCAAUUAUUGGUGUGACUAAAUAUGUAAUGAGUUUGUUGACACUUUGAAUGUAAAAAUACAUCCACACUACCUUGAUGGUAAAAGCAAACAAGACAGCAAGAAACAAACAAAAAUAUCUGUAAUAUUCAUUUGCUUCACAUUAAACUGCUUAAUCAUU